GCGGGCGUUUAACAGGACCGCAGAAAGCUUACAAUUUGCCAGAGAACUUUGUUAAUUUCUUUACUUGGUAUUUUGAUUUUGAUUUUGUGGAAUCGUCACAUCAUGAUUACUGUUACAUAUGCAAUCUGAUUUACAGAAACUAUCCUCGUGGUCAUGACGACAAGCAGUAGAUGUCCAGUUAGAUCUUUCAAAACCAACGGCCACGUAAACACCCAUCACCAGUCAGACUGGGACGAUGUGCUGCCUGUACCCAAACUCAGCUUCUCUGUGGCAUCUGUCCUCGUCUUCUGUCUGGCGGUGCUGUGCUUCGUGAACAGCCACGAUGCGGUUGUGUAUGACGACACAUGGGCGAUCACCAACAACAGAGAUGUGUUGCCGGAAACUCCACUCAUCGCCAUAUUUGCUCAUGACUUCUGGGGGAACCUGUUGGAUGGAAAUAGCCAUAUGUCCUACAGGCCACUUACUGUGCUGACCUUCAGGUGGAACUACGCAUGGGCAGGAUCUAUGCAGCCUGAAGGAUUUCACGUUGUCAACAUCGUCCUGCACGGCUUGGUGUCGGGCAUCUUCCUGGCAGUAUUCUCUGUCCUCGUGUCUGGUUACCAGGUGGACCAGGAAUCUGCCAGGCCGGUGUUUGCCUCGCCCCAAGCUGCUCUCAUGUGUGCUGUGCUGUUUGCUGUACAUCCCAUCCACACUGAAAGUGUUGCUGGGCUUGUAGGUAGGGCUGACCUGCUGUGUGCCUUGACCUUUCUUCUAUCGUUCCUUCUAUAUGCGAGGGCCUGCCUCGACUCUUCAUGCUCGGUCAGCUACCGUCCCAAGUCCUUCUCCCUGGUGUCUCUACUGGCCAGUAUGUGUCUGUGUGCUUCAUGCUCCGUCAGCUACCGUUCCAAGUCCUUCUCCCUGGUGUCUCUACUGCUUCAUGCUCGGUGA